AUGACACACCACUCCUACGUCGGCUCCGGCCCCUACUGCUACGCCAACUCGUUCGCCAUGGUCAUGGGCGCCGAAGCCCCGUCCACCGCCGUCCUCGAAUUCGCCACGUGCAGCCCCUUCGGCAUGCAGGUCGUCGGCAAGGAGCUCGUCUUUUUCGACCCCUUUGGCUGGGACCCCACGCAGGCCUUUGACGACAUGCUCACCGCCGCGGGGUGGACGUCCAAACUCACCAUUGGCAAAGACGCAGACGACGCGCUUGCUUGUUUACAGCGGGAGCUCCGGCAGGGCCCCGUCUUCGCGGGACCCCUCGAGAUGGGCUACCUUGGCUAUCAUCCGGGAAACAAGGGCCCCAUGGGGGCAGACCACUACGUCGUCGUCUUGGGCAUCGACGGCGACGGGCUGCGGCUGCGGCUGCACGACCCCCACGGCUUCCCGUACGCGUCCAUCCCCGUGUCCGAGUUCCUGCGCGCCUGGAGGACGGACUCCCUCGGCUACGGGACGUCGUACACGAUGCGCAGCGAGUUUCGCCGCGUGCGGGUGUUUACCGAGGAGGAGGUCAUUCGGCGGUCUUUGCCGAAUGCCCGCCGGUGGCUUGGCAUGGGGGCCGUCGAGGCAGGCAGCAUGCCGCCGGGGUCGUGUGGCAACGCGUCGGCCGUGGACCGCCUGGUCGACAUUAUCCAGACCAAUUUCCACCCGGGCGUGAGGAAUCCGCUUGUUUACUUUGCCGUAAGGGUGGGCGCGCGGCGUCUUGCCGACGGGGCUACGUGCCUGCGGAGGAUUGGGUACGCGGAUGCCGCGGGCGUCAUGGCGAGACAGGCCCAGUUGGUUGGGGGGUUGCAGUAUCCCUUGGUCGCGGGGGAUACGGCGGGUGCCGUCGAGAUAUUGAGAGAGUUGGGCCCGACGUAUGACGAGUUGAAGGCGGCGCUGGGGUGA